GAGGCGGGGGCAGAGGGGCGAGCGCGGCGCUCACCUUCUCGCCGGCCGUGUACAUGGCGGCGCCGGGCGCAGGCCCCGGGCCGGGAGCGCCCCCGGGGCUGGAGGCGGCCUUGCAGAAGCUCGCGCUGCGGCGGAAGAAGGUGCUGAGCGCCGAGGAGAUGGAACUGUACGAGCUGGCGCAGGCGGCGGGUGGCGCCAUUGACCCCGACGUGUUCAAGAUCCUGGUGGACCUGCUGAAGCUGAACGUGGCGCCCCUCGCCGUCUUCCAGAUGCUCAAGUCCAUGUGUGCUGGCCAGAGGCUGGUGGGCGAGGCCCAGGACCCCGCAGCCGUGUCUCUGCCCACAUCGAGCGUGCCAGAGACCCGAGAGGCCUCCUUUCUCUCUGCCAAGAACUGUAGUCCCCCUGCAAGGCCCUCCUUUUCCUCGGCCCCGCGGCCUGCGGCCUCUCCGGUUCUGCUCCACGGCCCAGCUGCCACGCACUCGCCUCUCUCUCCAGGGCCCCCCGGUUCCCUCCGGUUCUCUUGCUGCCUGUUCUCUCCUUUCGCAGGGAGAAACAAAGGCAGCACGGCUCUGAGUGGAGGCCCAGCACUGGCAGAGCGCGGUGGCCGGGAAGGAUCCAGCCAAAGGAUGCCCCGACAACCCAGUGCCACCAGGCUGCCCAAGGGGGGCGGGCCGGGGAAGAGCCCCACUCGGAGCAGCACCUGAGGUGGGCAGACUUCUCACGCCAUCCAGCUCUGGGCUUCGCCAGUCCCCUAGCAGAGGCUACCCGAGCUUUCCCCCAGUUGCUAAUAAAGCUUUGUGAAAAACCAA